CUAGCUAACGCUACCUAUAUUCUCUCCUUAGACAAGGUCAAAUCGACUAAUAUUACUACUCGUAACGUUAACGGAUAUCGUUCUACCGAUAUCGGUAAUAAUAUCUAUAGCUAUAUCAAAAAGCUUUUCCUACUUAAAAAGAAAAAUCGCUUCGACGGUAUUAAUAUUGAUUAUAAAUAUCCUAGAAAUAACAACGAAGCGGACCAAUUUGUUAAUACCUUACGCCGUCUUCGUAAGAUUCAUAUAGCUCCGCUAACGCAGGCGGCUAUCAUUUCUUACUCACCACUAUAUCUCCUAUUGGUCUAUAUCAUUCGUUCAAACUCCUUAAAGAAAGCUAACCAAAAUUCUAGGCCCUACCAACUACCUAAAAGAGCAUCUUGCCUAGAUAGAUCAGUAUCUCGACUUCUAGAACCUAAUAGCCUACGAUUACGCCGGAAGCUAGGACACCCCAGUACUCCCUUCAAUACGGACCAAGCAAUUGAUUACUAUACCUCGCACGGAGUGGCCUCUUACAAUAUUGUUUUAGGUAUACCACUAUACGGCCGGGCCUUUACUAACACUAGUAGGCCUAGCCAACUUUAUAGUAGUACUAGGAAGCUACUAGCUACUACUAUAACCCGGGGUCGCGUUUAUUCAUCAGCUAUGAUACCCCUGAAGUUGCGCGUAAAAAAGGGGAGUAUAUCAAAUCUAAGGGCCUUAGUAGUGGAGCUUAGUAGUGACAGGCAAGGCGAUGACAGUUUGAUUACCACGGUUGUGAAUACCCUUAGAGGCAUCGGUGCUCUGGACAAUAGCGAUAAUCAGUUGAGCUAUCCUAUUUCCAAAUACGACAAUUUGAAGGCCUGCUUUUGGCCUUUAACAGCUUCUACGCUCAAUAAUAAACUAAAUACUGGCAGC